AUGAUAAAAGGCAGCCACAGACUCCCCAAAACCAUUCAAACCUUCAGCGUAUCAACCAUCAGCCUUCUUCACAAGGCCUAUAUUCCCGUCAUCUGGGCGCUGAAAACGCGCGAACCGCAGACAUCCACAGCAAGUGAGCAUACCAGCACCAUUGACAUCCUCAAAAGCCUCGUCCUUCAAGCCAUCGCGUUCAACUCAACUAUCCACACAGAUUCUGUUCUCUGUCCACGUCUCCGCAUGUAUCUCACAUCCGCAAGCGAAGACGAGUGGUUCACGCUCCUCGUAUCCGUUCUACACGGUGUUCCUCUCAUAUACAUCAUAAUCGACAUCCAACUCCUACACUCUUCAUCUUCCCAGUCUGCGCCUGACUUUCGCUGGUCCGCAACUAUCUCUAGGAUUUUCAAAGAGCUCUCGGAGCGGAGUAGCAAGACUGUCGUACGUGUUAUGAUGGUGAGUUAUGGCUCAUCAGCUUUCUCGCAGGAGGUUGCCAGAGGAUCUGGUAGAGAUGUGCUUGCUGUGGGGAAUAUGAAGCAAAUGGCGCAGAAAAUGAAAAGUGGAGCGGAGGCCUGGAGGGGAGAGCUGAGAGGAGGUUUGGAACUUGGGGAGAUUUCGAAUGGGAGAUUGAAACGAUGA